CGGAAGUCAACAGGUGUCAUGGAAGCUUUGCUCUUGACAACGGAGCUUAUCUGACGGUCAAGAUUUAAAUGGAAGCAUGAAGAGUCAAGACAACGAGCCAGAGCAAGAUCCAUUCUUGUGUACCUGUGGUCCAUGUAAACGUUUCUACAAGGAGUCAUUUGGUGAUGCAGCAUCUAAUUUAAAGACACCUCCAAGCGUCCGUGCUCUUGCAUCAUCAGGCAUCGCAGCAAAUAAAGACAAACUUCUUCAUUAUGGUGACAGGGUACUCGUUGAUAGCAAAAAACCAGGAAUUGUCCGUCAUGUGGGGUUUUUGGAUGACCAAGCAAUUUCACCCAAGUUGUAUGUAGGAGUGAAACUUGAUGACAAUGUGAAUUCAGUGCACAAUGGUAUAUAUCAUGGCAAGCGCUAUUUUUACUGCCCUCGAGGACAUGGCACCAUGGUGAAGUUUAAUCGGAUAACCAUGAUGAAGAAGCCAGUAGACCGACCACCCCUAGAUGGCAAUAAGAUGUUCCCAAGUUAUGAUGAGGUGACCAAACGUCGUAAAGAACGAAAGAAAAAAUUGGAGGCACUCUAUGCCAAGUCAGCCUCUGGGUCACACCGACCAGCUGCAGACCCAAACUCCAAGCCUCCAAGAAUCACACCAAAGUAUUCAAAAAGCUUCUAUCUGAGAAUAGGAGUAACUCCACAAAAAACUCAUUUGAAUGACCCAGAUGACAUAGCAGUAAAGGAUUCUCAAGAAGAGAAAGUAAAACGUCAAAUCCAGAAACAGGAGACAGAAACGUCAGAUGUUCGCCAGAUGAGGAAAUGGAAACAAGAAUUUGGAGGUGAUGAACAAGCUGAGAGAAUGGCUGAAACACUUAAACGUUUACAUCUCGCAUACAAAGAAGGUUUACAGUUGACGAAACACAGGCAUUCUGGAUAUUUUUCUGAUGAAAGUACAGAAGAUGAAAGACAUUUGUAGGGAUGGGAGGGUUUUAUUUUAUUACAACAGACACUGAGUGUCUAUUUUUAUCUCACAAAAAAUAACUUUGAUCAGCAACUUUUGUUUGGUGCGGUGUAGUGGGAAAAGAAUAUCAGUUUCACAAUAUACAAAAAUUCUCAGGAAAAGUAUUAUGUUUUAGUUAUUUCCAAAACUGUGAUGUUUCUUCCCCAUCUGCAUAGACCUUGACCGAAGUUACACACUGCAGAAAAUAGUUUCAGUACCAUUUUCUCCUUACACACCCAUUAGAGAACACUGUGAGAUUUAUAUUACAUACUUUGGAGAUCAGUUGUUGGCUGGUCCAUGGCGACGGCCUAGAUAUCAAAUCCAAACUGUCCAUUGAAAUUAAUACAAACGAAAAUAAUAUUUGUUUAAUGACACUGUGACACAUUUUAAACAAUGCCAUGUCUACUCUUAUAAUAAAAAAAAAAGUUUUUAAAAAUUAGCAUUGCCUGCAAAUAGGAUGGAUCUUGAAAUACAGGUUUUUGCGAAAAUUCUGUGCUGACUUGUCUGUUUAGAUGGGUCAUCUUUGAUCCUCUAUUUUAUGUGUGUAUUGAGUGCAGCUUGAUGGAAAUGGAUGUGUGCCUUAUAUCUUAAAAUGAAACAUAUUUAUGUCAUACUGAUAAUCUUACGGGGUUCCUUUGUACUUCCAAAACCCCUACCCUAUGGGCAAAGAAUCUUUUUUAUGAAUUUUCAUAGACACAAUAGUGUAUAUAGGGAUUUAUCCAGGUGCUGUACAGUAUCGAACAUCGGCAUCUUCCCAAUAGCAAAUGUUACAGAAAAUUCCCAAUUUCUUGGCUAUAAAUUCCCAAUUAUUCACCUGAUAUCAUCUGAUAUCAAAAUCUAAUCAUCAUCAAUAUAUAUACCAUCUAAAACUUAAUCUAUUUACCAAUUUAAUUUUAUUCACAUCUAAGCUGAACAGACAAAAAACGAUUUCAUGCUGUUUACACUGGUACUCAAUGAUUUGCUAUUCUAAGUAACACACUGUAGGCAUAAUGCAAACGGAAACAAGUCAUGUUUUAGGUUUAAUCCCCUUUGUGCUAAGAAGCACAUACGGCUGUAACCAGAGAUCACCACUGCUGCCUAUCUUUUGCCAGCUUCUCCAGCAGCCCCCAGCUCAGACUGCCCUCUCGAAUUUCCUUCUCUACUGUCCUUCUCGAUGUUUCUUUUGGUCUUCCUCGUUUCCUUUUUCCAGGAGUCGUCCAUCGCAAUCUGAUUAAAAUUAGCUCUACUGGGUCUAGCCAGUAGAUCUAACAGAAUUGUGUGGACUCCCAUGUCCAGGUAACAUUUCAUCUAUAAAUAACAAUUUAAAUAUUG